AUGUUUUCAAUGAAGAAUCUGGUCGUCGCUGGCUUGGCGUUGGUACAGGGAAGCCUUGCUUCACUGCAAAUUGUACCUGCUGCAACAUGGACAGCAUCUGGUACAAACCAACACGUGCAGGCUCAUGGUGGUGGCAUAAUCGAAGUCGACUCUGUCUACUACUGGAUCGGCGAGAAUAAGCUAAAUGGAAGUGCUUUCCAAUCCGUCAAUUGUUAUUCCAGCACCAACUUGGUGGAAUGGACCUUUGUUGGAGAGCUGCUCUCUCUUCAAAGCAGCGGAGACCUUGGCCCGAGUCGAAUCGUCGAGCGUCCUAAGGUCAUUUAUAACGAUGCAACCUCGAAGUACGUGAUGUGGAUGCACAUUGACAGCAGCAGUUAUGGCGAAGCAAAAACUGGCGUUGCAACAGGUUCCAGUGUUUGUGGCAAGUAUAACUAUUUAGGUUCAUUCCAGCCCUUGGGCUUCCAGUCACGCGAUAUGGGACUUUUCAAAGAUGAUGACGGAUCUGCCUAUCUGUUAUCAGAGGAUCGUCCGAACGGAUUGAGAAUUGACCGAUUGACUGAUGACUACACCAACGUCACUUCCAACACAUACCUUUGGUCUGAGCACAUUGAAGCUCCCGCUGUGUUCAAGAAGGAUGGCGUGUAUUUCAUGUUUGGAUCCCAGUUAACAGGGUGGUCUACAAACGAUAACAAGUACAGUACUGCUACAAGUUUGAGUGGGCCCUGGAGUUCUUGGGCCAAUUUCGCUCCUACCGGCACGAACACCUAUAACUCCCAAACUACAUUUAUUCUGGGAGUAGGUAGCAAUGUCAUGUAUAUGGGUGAUCGAUGGCUCUCCACCAACCUCAUGGCGUCGACUUACAUCUGGCUUCCACUGACUCUGUCCGGAACGAACGCCUCUCUCACAAACGAAGACAGUUGGAUCAUCUCCACCCAGCAGUCCUGGUCAACUUCUCCUGCAGAAACCACCCCCGAAGCUGAAUCUUCCUCUAACACGCUGUCCAACGGUGCUGUAACACUCACAUGCAGUGGCUGUUCAGGCAGUAAAUCAGUAGGAUACCUCGGAGGUUCCAGUGGUGGAACCCUCAAGUUCAACGGGGUCUCUAGCAAUGCUACCACCAAGACUACUAUUCAAGUGAGAUACGAGAAUGGGGAUUCAAGCCAGCGGUACGCUACAGUGACGGUGAAUGGAAACUCUCAGGUCCUGGCAUUUAUUCCUUCGACGAAUGGAAAUACGCCUUUCUCGUCGACGCUGAAUGUUGAGCUGAACGCUGGGAGUUCGAAUGUUAUCGCUAUCGCCGGGUAUGGGUCGGGAUGGGGUAAGUGA